CCACAGCAGCACAGCCAUUACCACCCCCCCUCCCCUCCACCCACCGAGCAGCAGAGCAGAGCAGAGCACGCGGCGGGCCCGUGCCCAUGCGCGCCUCGCUCCACUAGGCAACUCCCCUCCCGUCCCGACGCGGCAGCGAGCGAGAGCGACGAUGGCCAUGGCGCCUCCCGCCGCCACCCUCCGCUUCCCACACCCGUCCUCUCACGCGUCCACGUCUUCCUCUCCCACGGCCACGCCGCGCCCUCUCGGCGGCGGCGGCCGCCGCGCCCCUCAGCCCGUACGGCGGGGCAUGCAGCGGCGGGAGGCGGGCCGCGCCGUCACCGUGCGCGCGGGACUUGGGGGAUUGCUGGGCGGCAUGUUCGGCGGGGCCGGCGGGGACGACGGGGAGGCGGCGAGGAAGAGGUACGCCGACACCGUGGCGCGCGUCAGCGCCAUGGAGCCCGAGGUCUCCGCCCUCUCCGACGCCGACCUCCGUGCCCGCACCGCCAGGAUGCAGGAGCGCGCGCGCGCCGGGGAAUCGCUCGAUUCCCUCCUUCCUGAAGCAUUUGCAGUUGUCAGGGAAGCUUCCAAGAGAGUUUUGGGCCUUCGUCCCUUUGAUGUACAAUUGAUUGGUGGAAUGGUUCUGCACAAGGGGGAGAUUGCAGAAAUGAAAACCGGAGAAGGGAAGACCCUUGUGGCCAUUCUACCAGCGUACUUAAAUGCUUUGAGUGGAAAAGGGGUGCAUGUUGUCACUGUAAACGAUUAUCUUGCAAGACGUGAUUGCGAAUGGGUUGGUCAAGUUCCCCGAUUUCUAGGACUGCAGGUUGGCCUAAUUCAACAAAACAUGACGCCUGAGCAAAGGAGGGAAAAUUACUUGUGUGAUAUUACUUAUGUUACAAACAGUGAGCUUGGUUUUGAUUAUCUAAGAGAUAACCUUGCAAUGACUGUUGAUGAGCUUGUCCUGAGGAACUUUAAUUAUUGUGUGAUAGAUGAAGUUGAUUCCAUUCUCAUUGAUGAAGCAAGAACACCGCUUAUAAUAUCAGGCCUUGCUGAAAAGCCAAGUGAUCGCUAUUUUAAGGCAGCAAAAAUAGCUGAAGUUUUUGAAAGAGAUAUUCAUUACACUGUUGAUGAAAAGCAGAGAAAUGUUUUACUUACAGAAGAAGGCUACGCAGAUGCUGAAGAAAUACUAGACAUAAAUGAUCUAUAUGAUCCUCGUGAACAGUGGGCUUCAUAUGUUCUGAAUGCAAUCAAGGCUAAGGAGCUCUUCCUCAGAGAUGUUAAUUACAUUGUUCGUAGCAAGGAAGUGCUUAUUGUGGAUGAGUUCACAGGUCGAGUAAUGCCAGGCAGAAGAUGGAGUGAUGGUCUUCACCAAGCAAUUGAAGCUAAAGAAGCUGUACCUAUACAAAAUGAAACAAUAACCCUUGCAUCAAUAAGUUAUCAGAACUUCUUUCUUCAGUUUCCGAAACUAUGUGGCAUGACUGGAACUGCUGCUACAGAGAGUCAAGAGUUUGAAAGCAUAUACAAACUAAAAGUUACUGUUGUUCCAACAAACAAGCCAAUGAUACGAAAGGAUGAAUCGGAUGUUGUUUUCAGAGCAACAAAUGGAAAAUGGCGUGCUGCUGUUGUGGAGAUAUCAAGAAUGAACAAAGUUGGUCGCCCUGUGCUUGUUGGUACAACUAGUGUUGAGCAAAGCGAAACUUUAGCAGAACAAUUGCAUGAAGCAGGGAUUACUCAUGAGGUCCUCAAUGCUAAACCAGAGAACGUUGAGAGGGAGGCAGAGAUUGUAGCUCAGAGUGGACGCCUUGGUGCAGUGACAAUUGCCACCAAUAUGGCAGGACGUGGCACUGAUAUUAUUCUUGGAGGAAAUGCAGAAUUCAUGGCAAGGUUGAAGCUGCGUGAGAUGCUUAUGCCAAGAGUUGUUGAUCCAUUGGAUGGUGUCAUUAUAUCUAAAAAGCAGGCCUCACCUAAGAAAACAUGGAAGACAAAUGAAAGUUUGUUCCCAUGUGAACUUUCAAAAGACACGCUAUCAUAUGUUAAAGAUGCAGUUGAAGUGGCUGUCAAAGCAUGGGGAGAAAAAUCAUCGACUGAGUUAGAAGCUGAAGAGCGACUCUCCUACUCAUGUGAGAAGGGACCAACACGUGAUGAAGUAAUUGCAAAUCUGAGAAAUGCAUUCAUGAAGAUAGUGGAUGAAUAUAAGGUUUACACAGAGGAGGAAAAGAAGAAGGUCAUUGCAGCAGGUGGGCUUCAUGUAGUAGGAACAGAACGUCAUGAAUCUCGCAGAAUUGACAAUCAGCUCCGUGGUCGAAGUGGCAGGCAAGGGGAUCCUGGGAGUUCUCGGUUCUUUCUGAGUCUCGAGGAUAAUAUAUUCCGAAUUUUUGGAGGUGACAGGAUACAGGGUUUGAUGCAAGCCUUCAGAGUUGAAGAUCUUCCUAUUGAGUCGAAGAUGCUAACAAGGGCCCUAGAUGAAGCUCAACGGAAAGUUGAGAACUAUUUUUUCGAUAUCAGGAAGCAGUUAUUUGAGUAUGAUGAGGUAUUGAAUAGCCAAAGAGAUCGAGUAUAUGCAGAAAGAAGACGUGCUCUUGCAUCUGAUAGUCUUGAAUCACUUAUUGUGGAAUAUGCUGAAUUAACAAUGGAUGACAUUUUAGAGGCAAACAUUAGCCCUGAUACCCCAAGAGAAGAUUGGGAUAAUGGCAAGCUGAUAGCUAAACUUCAACAGUAUUGCUAUCUAUUAGAUGACUUGACACCAGAAUUGUUGGAGGAAAAAUCGUCAAGUUAUGAGGAUUUACGAGAGUACCUUCGUACCCGAGGGCGUGAAGCAUACUAUCAAAAAGCUGAAAUUGUGGAGAAACAAGCUCCAGGCUUGAUGAAGGAAGCUGAGAGAUUCCUUAUUCUAAGCAACAUUGAUAGGCUCUGGAAGGAACACUUGCAGGCAUUGAAAUUUGUGCAACAAGCUGUUGGUUUGAGGGGUUAUGCUCAACGAGAUCCUCUUAUUGAAUAUAAACUGGAGGGAUAUAAUCUUUUCUUGGAUAUGAUGGCUCAAAUUCGACGGAAUGUAAUUUAUUCUGUUUAUCAGUUCAAACCAGUGAUGAAGAACCAAGAAGAGGAGAACUCUCCAAAGAAGGGGACAAAGAAGAAAGUCGACAAGGGUACUAACAAACUUGGUGCUGCACAAGCUGCAUCUUGAGCUCCCUGUGACUAAAAUUUUGUCGUGAGAGGUCCAUGUAGCCUAUGAGGAUGUUCGUCAGAGUAGAGGAAUACUGGCAGUGCAAAGAUACUGGGCAAAGAAUACUGGCAGUGGAAUGUGGAUGCUGGAAUACAGUUUCUUAAUGUAAAUCUUUUCUAAGAGAUGUCGACCAAUCAGUUACGCCCAUGCACUAGCAUAAUGUUGUUUAUAGUAACCAAAGUAUAAAAAUUAAA